AUGCAGUUUCAUAGGAGAAGGUUUCAUGAGACUCAAAUCUUUAAAGAAAGGAGGGUUCUAUGGGCUGAUUUAAUGGUGAAGAAUGGUAGAUUUGUGGGAGAGAAAUGGUGCAUAGAAGGAGACUUCAACACUGUUUUAGAGAAGGGGGAAAGAAUCAGUAAGGGUAGAGGAGGAAUAUACAAGGGGAGUGAGGAGUUUGUGGAGUUUGUAGAGGUGAUAGAGCUGGUUGAUCUUCCGUCGGUGGGAGGGAAAUUCACUUGGUAUAAUGGUAGAUGGGACCUUUGUUUAUAUGAGAAAUUGAAGAGGCUUAAAACUAAAUUAAGGGUGUGGAAUAUAAAGGUUUUUGGGUGGAUAGACUUGAAGGUGGAGGAUAAGAUCGAUGAUUUGAAUGAAUUGGACCAAUACUUGAUAAACAAUUUGGGAGGUGCGAAUGUGGAGGAAGUGGAAAGUAGGAGAGUUGUCAGUGAAGAGAUCAGGAGACUCAUUGUUAUGAAGGAAGAUAUGCUCAGAUUGAAAUCAAGAGUUAAUUGUUGUAUGGUGGAGGGUGUGAAGGAAGUCAAACUUGAGAUCAAGAGGCAUUUUGAGAAGUUCUUUAAGGAAUCCAGCAAUAUGAGACCAACUCCAGAAGGUCUUCCUUUCAGCAAAUUAGAGGAAGUGGUUAGGAUUAAAUUGGAGGAACCUUUCAUGGAGGAGGAGGAAGACGUUAUGCGGUUUAUUAGAGACUUUCACGAAAAGGCUAGACUUACUAAGGCUUGUACUUCUUCUUUUAUUACUUUAAUUCCGAAGGUUCCUAAUCCUCAAUUCUUAUCGGAGUAUAGACCGAUUUGUCUAGUCGGCAGUUUAUACAAGAUUUUAUCUAAGCUCUUAGCUAUGAGAUUAAAAAGUGUGAUAGGGAAUCUUUUCUUCAUAAAACAAUCUACGUUUAUUAAAUGUAGGAACAUUUUGGAUGGAAUUCUCACGGUAAACAAAAUUCUCGAUUUGGCCAAAAGGGAGAAGAGAAGUUGCUUGGUGUCGAAGGUUGAUUAUGAUAAGGCCUACGAUAGUGUGAGUUGGAACUAUUUGAGGUUUAUGCUUAUAAGGACUGGUUUUGGUUCUAAGUGGUUGGAUUGGAUGGAGGCUUGUGUGUUCUUAAGCUCUAUGGAGGUGGAGAAGGCGGUGGAUUUGGGGGAGUUCAAGGGAUUCAGUUUUGGUGUUGGUGAAUCCGUGGAUAUUCUCCAAUUCACGGAUGAUACCGUAAUCAUAGGUGAUGGUAGCAAUGAUAAUUUAUGGAGUUUGAAGACCGUGCUUAGAGCUUUCGAAAUCAUGUCGGGUUUGAAAGUGAAUUUUUACAAGAGUAAUAUUUAUGGUGUUAACUUAAGCGAUAGGAUGCUAAAUAUGGAAUCGUUUUUGGCUUGUGGAGUGAGAUAUCUCCCGUUUAAAAUUUUAGGGGUGAUGGUGGCCGAUAGUCCAAGAAAGGAGGUCAUGUGGAAGGAGGUAAUAAAUAUAAUGAGGAAUAGAUUAUCAAUAUGGAGUAGUAGGUUUCUAUCAAUAGGAGGGAAGGUGGUGCUAAUAAAUUCAAUGUUCAAUUCUUUACCAUUAUAUUCCUUGUCAUUCUAUCGGGCUCCUAAAAGUCAUUCAAGAGAUAAGAAGAAUCCAAGGAAGGUUACUUUGGAGGGGGUGGAAGGAAGUAGAGGUAUUCAAUGGCUGAGUUGGAGUAAGGUUUGUAAGGAGAAGAAUCAAGGUGGUUUGGGUAUAAGGGAUGUGGAAAGCUUUAAUACAACUCUUCUGAUGAAAUGGAAGUGGAGAAUAAUCAAGGAAGAUAUUGCUGUUUGGAGAAAGCUGCUAAUUUAUAGAUACGUAAAUCCGACGACAAAGAUGUUUGUUAAUGAUAAGAGGGUUAUUUCGACCAACACGAUUCAAUUCGGUGGCAUGAUUUACUAUUGGUAA